ACUGCUGAUGAAACAGCUGAUUCCAAAGCUUCUCUCAUUUCUGAAAUGAUUUCAGGGCACGAGCCUCAUGAAGGAGCGUCCUUUAAACGUUCUCGAGAAAAAGAGGCGAUGGAGUCUCCUGAGAUUUGUCCAGUGAUGGUGUGUGACGGAGAGAGGAGGAGACAGGCGACAGGUGGAGGAGAAAUGAUGUCAAAGGAGCAAGAGAGAGAGAAACUAUGAGAGAGGGUAUUUCAUGUUUGAUAAAGAGAUAGUGGAGAUCAAACCUGAGGGAAGAUUUCAACUUGGAUCUUUUCAAGUUCCACAGCUUCUUUGAUUUCUCCAUCUUACAAACACCUGGAUCAACAAUGCUGCACAUCUGGCUUCUUCUCCUCUCCGGCCUCUGCCUCCACCAGUUCUUCCUCUGCAGGGCCGAGGAAGGUCUGGAGUUCCCCAACUUCGACGGGAAGGACAGAGUGCUGGACGUGAGCGAGCGCAACUACAAGAAGGCUCUGAAGAGGUUCGACCUGCUGUGUCUGUUCUACCACGAGCCGCUGCCGGCCAACAAGGGUCUGCAGAAGAGGUUCCAGAUGACGGAGCUGGUGCUGGAGCUCACAGCUCAGGUCCUGGAGAACAAGGACAUCGGUUUUGGGAUGGUCGACUCCCAGAGGGACGCCAAGGUCGCCAGAAAACUGGGUCUGGAGGAGGUGGGCAGCUUGUACAUUUUCAAGGACGACCGCGUCAUUGAGUUCGACGGCGAGCUCUCAGCAGACACACUGGUGGAGUUCCUGUUGGAUGUGCUGGAGGACCCGGUGGAAAUGAUCAACAAUGCCAUGGAGCUGCGAGCCUUUGAGAGAAUGGAGGAGGACAUCCGCCUCAUCGGCUACUUUAAGGGAGAAGACUCAUACUUCAGAGCUUUCCAGGAGGCCUCAGAGCGUUUUCAACCUUACAUCAAGUUCUUUGCUACGUUUGAUAAAUCUGUUUCCAAACAUCUCUCUCUCAAGAUGAACGAGGUGAAUUUCUAUGAGCCGUUUAUGGAGGAGCCUGCCGUCCUGCCGGGCCGACCUCUGACAGAGAUGGAGAUCGUCGAGUUCGUCAACCAGCACCGAAGGGCGACACUGAGGAAGCUCCGGGCAGAGAAUAUGUUUGAGACGUGGGAAGACGACAUGGAUGGAAUACAUAUCGUUGCAUUUGCUGAGGAAGAAGAUCCAGAUGGUUAUGAGUUCCUGGAGAUCCUGAAAGACGUAGCCAGAGACAACACCAACAACCCAGAACUCAGCAUCGUCUGGAUCGACCCUGACGACUUUCCUCUGCUGACCACCUACUGGGAGAAAACCUUCAAGUUGGACCUGUUUCGUCCUCAAAUCGGUGUUGUCAAUGUAACAGAUGCGGACAGCGUGUGGCUGGACAUGUCCAACGAUGAGGACUUGCCCACAGCGGAGGAGCUGGAGGACUGGAUAGAGGACGUCCUGUCAGGGAGGGUGAACACCGAGGACGAUGACGAGUCUGCCGAUGACCAGGAAGACUCCGACAGCUACGUCGAGGAGGACAUCUACGAAAGUCACGACCAAGAAGGUGACGAUGACGGUGACGACUAAACUGAAAGUCCUCACGGUUCAGACAUGGGUCAACUUGACUGGCACAUUAGAAACAGAUUGUUGAUAGUAGAUGAAUUAGUUAGGCUGUUAAAACAGAACCGAUUAAAGGUCAUAAGUGUUGUGAUUAACUCAGUAAAUAUAUGAAACUUUAACAGAACAUAAAACUGCAUU